AGGACAGACAGCAGUCACAGUGACAUUGAAGAGUCAGUAACAUUUCUACAAGUUUCCAGGAACACUGCCCCAUCGACACUGGGCUCUUUCAACUCCAGGAUGUGGUCGGGGCUGACAGUGACUGCUCUGCUCCUCUCAGCUGCAGUGACUCCAGGAUUAUCUACUCCAUAUUCUACUGGCCAAGAAUUCAUCACAACCUUUAUGACAAACAGGUUUAAUUCUUCUGGUUACCAAAAUGAUACACCUGGAUUAAUCAUCUCUGCCUUUCAACCUAACACAUUUGUUUCUGUCGAGGUGCUUUCCACUGGCUUCAAAAGAGAGCUAUUUCUGCAAACAGAGGAAGAGGCUUCAGUGCAACUCCAGCCAUCUCCGGAGAAGCUAGGAACACAGAUACCAUUCAGUACAGUCAUUAUCAGAAGCAGCAGUGCUGUCUCUGUGCUCUCCUACACCAAUAAUUCACGGUUUAUUGAGACCUCUGUUCUUUACCCAGUGCAAAAUCAGGGGAACAAAUACUAUGUUUUUACUCAAUCGUCGCAAAAUGAUUUGUUCAGUGAGUUUGUCAUAGUCAACACAAAUCAGACAAAUGAGGUUUCAAUCUCCACAAAAGUCCCUGCAACAACCAAUGGAUCUGUUCAUGAAGACGGUGACAUAAAAGUUGUUCUAUCUGCCUACGAGAGCUUGUGUAUCCAAAGCGAUGAAACGUUUAACAGGGCACAGGUCACAACCCAGAACCCAGUGGCUUUGCUAUAUGGUCGUCGGUGUACAGCAUUUCAAUUGGCAAAAUGUCAACAAUCAUUUGAGCAGCUACCUUCUAUUACAGCAUGGGGGGAGGAUUUCAUUGUGCCCCCAGUUUCAGAUGGGGAUAGAUUUGGCUAUGUCCAUAUUGUUACAGAUAAACAGCAAAACACUCUGUACAUUAAUGAUGGAAGCAAAAAGAUCAUUGAUAAUGACAUUAAACUGGACUUUAACUCUUCCUCCGCUCUGUCAAUCAGGGCGGCUCACAAGGUCAUGGUCAUGCUUGUGUACACAGGCCUGCAUUCAGGACAAUGUUUCAAACCCUUCAAGCUGAAUAUCAUACCCGUCCAUCUCUUUGCUUCUUCUUACUUAGUAUACAAAGUGCCUCGUUACAAUAACAGCUUGCUGUUGGUGGCUGAAAGCUCCCAAACAGACGGUGUCUUUCUGGAUGGCAAAGCUUUGCCCCUUUCUGUGGUAUGGGAGAAAGUUGCUGAUUCCAAUUACUCAUGGGCAGAUGUUCCUUUAGGAUCAGAAUCUAAGCACAGUGUAAUCCAGCACAAAUCUGCAAGAAUUGGGGUGUACAGCUAUGGGAUUUUGCAUGCACAGGGUUCCUAUGGGUACCCAGCAAUAAGUUUUGAAGAUCAAAGUGGGUUGAUCCUAGUCAGAGAGGAGAAGACCUGGAUGGGAGCUCACAAGCACUGUCAAUCCUUGCAGGCCGAGCUAGUCAGCAUCACCAGCCUUUCAAUGCAGCAGCAAGUGGUGGACUUACUGGGCAAUGUCAUGGGGGAGGGGGUGUGGAUUGGCAUGAGGGUUAACCUGAUGAGUGGGGAAUGGUACUGGCUCAGCAAUGAGCCCAUGGAGUAUUCAAACUGGGGGGAAGGGGAGCCUAGUAAUCCUUUUGAAGAGCUCUGUGGUACGAUUGUUCCCAAAAGCCAAAUGAAUUUCCCCUGGAAUAAUGAGUGCUGCUAUAUAAAUAUGCCUUUCAUUUGCAAUAAGACACCGGUCAUGGCCUAGAACUGUUCCCUGUUGUCGACAUGCAGUUGUCUGUUCUGCAAAAUAAAUCACUGCACAUAAGCAUCACUCACUGAUUUCAAUGUUUGUUUGUUUUUAAGCACUCAGUACAACUGUGCAAGGUAUACAAUAAUGAAUAACGUGCAUCUAUAGGUCCUGGUGACAUGAUUAAUCACUAUUGUAAAACUUGUCUUAUUAUAUUAUAUUGC